AUGGAAGCAUGGAAGUUUCCUGAGAUUCCUAAAAAGAAACGUUCAGUGGUUGUGCGGAAGAAGAUUAUAUUGAAGAAGUUUCACGUACUGCUUAUGCAGAUGUCAGAUGAUGAAGGGGAACCAGAUGAGUCAUGCACAGAAGAGGUCAUGUUGUUGAAUAACAACGCAAAUAACUUCAUAGACAGUAAUGAAAUAGGCCUUGGAGCCGAAAACGAGGACUGGAAUUCACAAGUAGAUCGAAUCUGUUUGCGGUGA